CACAGGAGCAAAGAGGUAUAGCUGGAAUCUUGGGAGGUAGCAGAGAAGUGCUGUAAAGUCCGGGUGGAAAGUAUGAACUGUUUUGAAGAGCAGGAAUGUUGAGGAGCAACGAGUAAGAGCAGAAGAGACUCUGAAGUGCGGCGUGGAGCUCAAGAGAACUUGAUGGGUGAAGUGGAAAUCUCAACCCGGGCAUAUGUCAAGAUGUGCCUUCACGCUGCACGCUACCCCCACGCUGCAGUGAACGGGCUGCUCUUGGCUCAAAGGCAUCGGGCAACGCUGGCCGGGUCACUAGAGUGCCUCUGCAUCACAGACUGCGUCCCCCUCUUCCACAACAACCUUUCCCUCACUGUCAUGCUGGAGGUGGCCUUGAACCAGGUUGACGUUUGGAGCUCACAGUCAGACUUGCUCCUGGCCGGCUAUUACCAGGCCAACUCUGGGAUUGACGACAAGAGUCCUUCCCUCCUUGCACAAAAGGCUGCUGGACGCAUUGUGGAAUUAAACGAGGAUGCCGUGCUGAUCAUGCUGGAUAAUCGCAAGUUGACAAUAAAUUCCCGGGUCCCUUCAAUAAUUGUUUUGGAGCACAAAGAUCGACAGUGGGUCCCCAAAGACAAGAACCUGGUCAUGUGGAGUGACUGGGAAUCCUCCCAUCACAUCUGCAAAUCCCUCCUGGAAGCCAAAGCAUACACCCAAUUGGUUGACUUUGAUGCCCACCUGGAUGACAUCAGGAAGGACUGGACCAAUCAGCAGCUCAACACAGAAAUUGCUCAGCUGGUGUCAGUAGCCAAUGGCAGUGCGUGAAGACAGACUUAGUCAGCACACAGCAGCAGCCAAGAUGAGAGUGAAGGUCAAACUGAGGAGAUACUCAUCACCUCUGAUCGCACAGCUCUCCCUUCCUGCAUUUUUUAUGGAGGCUGAGAGAAACGGGACUUGUCGCUGGCCAUUUUUAUUCCUUUUCUUCCCCCAGAAAAGGGAUGUGCCCCAAAUAUUCAUUAUGAGCGCGCGCGCACGUGCGCGCGCACACACACACACACACACACACACACACACACACACACACACACACACACACACAGGGUGGUGUGGGAGGUAUUUAAAAACAUUACAACCCAGAAUUCUCUUUUUCUCUGAUAUUUAAAAAAUAUUUAAUCAAUGCUUGUAGAUAUGGAUUUCUGGAUUUUUUGCAAAAUCACAGUUGCAGAUUUUUUAAAGAUUUUGCUGCAUUUCUUUAGUUUCAUGAUUUAAAAAAAAUAAACUCUUGUCAAAUUUAAAA